AUGACAGAAGACUCAUGUGGGGAGUCUCCAGCAGCAGCAGCAGAUCGAGCAGCUGCUGCUGCUGUUGUUGCCGCUGGAGCUGCAGCGCAGCAGCACCAGCAACAACAACAGCAAAACUACGGCGCCAGUUUCGCUGAGCUUCAUGCAGCAGCAGCAGCAGCUGCAGCAGAUGCAGCAGCAGAGCCAGCCGCUGCUGCAGCUGUUGAUUUGGGCUUAGGAGCGCCGCCCUCCCUGCUUCAGGCUACUGCUGUUGCUGCUGCUGCUGCUGUCUGCAGCCGCAAGAGCAGCAGCAGCCUAGAUAGAGAGGGAUCACCAUGCCCAUCCACUUCGCCUAAGCAGCAGAAGCAGCAACAGCAGCAGCAGCAACAACAACAGCAGCAUCAGCAGCAGCAGCAACAGCAGAGCGCUGUUUUCGAAAAGCCGCAGACGCAGUACCUUGGAGGUCAUGAGUGUCUGCUGCCCUCGCAGCAGCAGCAGCAGCAGCAGCAACUUCUGCUGCCGCUGCAGCAGCAGCAGCUUCUGCUGCAGCAGCAACUUCUGCAGCAGCAAAGGGACCGCCUCCGGUGUGAGGAGCAGCAGCUUCGGCUGAGGCUCGAGCAGCUGCAGCAAGAGAAUGCGGAGCGCUCUGCAGCCGCUGCAGCCUCCACUGCAGCAGCAGCAGCAGCAAGUGCAGCAGGAGAGCAAGCUGACUGGAGCAGCAGCUACUGCAGCAACAGCAACCGAGGCAGCAAGACAGGCGAACGCAGCAGCAGCAGCAGCAACAGCAGCAGCAGCUCUCCUUCUGUCGCGUUGCUCGUGCAGCAACUGGAGCAGCAGGAGCAGCAUCUUCGUUUGCUGCGGCGGAACGAACAGCAGCAGCAGCAGCAGCAGCAACAGCAGCAGCAAGAGGCUUUAUCUGCUCUAAACCAUCACAGCCGCAGCAGCAGCAGCAGCAGAUAG